GCGCGUAACGGGCGCUACGCUCGCGCGAUCGUGAUUCGAGACUCUGGCACAGUACGAGUUGGAGGAGCGUAAGCGGAGCAACGCCAUUUUCCUCUAACUCGAGAGAGCGGUGCGUGUAUUUCGAUGAACUAAUUCUUUCAAAAAGGGACGUUCCAACCGCGAUAAGAAGAGUGCGAUGGGCGUUCGUAGUUAGUGUUUUUAAUUCUUGCGUUCUUUUGAGAAUAAAAAUUAUCUAAAUUGUCAUAGUCCUUCCGGGAGGAAUAGAUACGAUGGUCGAUGCGUAAAAGUUAGAAGAGUGAGGUGGUCUUCGCGUUGUGGAAAAAGGAAAAACAAAGUUGGCAGGGCGUUUUACAAGGAAACUAUGCAACGACACGCGAUUCAUCGUUUCUACGCUCCAGAGACGAUAUCGAGAGAACGGUGAGCGAUUCGAAGAAAAUAGAGCUCCGGACCUGCCGAGGUGCCGAGGUUCGAUAGAGAGGAGGAAAAAAGAUGCCGCUCCCAAAGAGGCUGGUCGAACCCGUGCACGUUGCGCGAGGCACGAUACCCGAGGCGUUUCCGCUUCCAUCGGAAUUGGAAGCCGCAACGAAUGGCACCCUCGCCAAUACGAUUAGACAAUUGUCGAGUUUAUCGAGGCACGCGGAGGAUCUCUUCGGUGAACUUGCCAGGGAAGCCGUCACGUUGAGCGAUCGAGCCAAUUCUCUCCAAGCGAGAAUCGACAGGCUGGCGGUCAAAGUCACCCAGCUCGACAGCAACGUCGAAGAAGUAUCGCUGCAAGACAUUCAUAUGCGGAAAGCAUUUAAAAGUUCGGUGAUAUUCGAUCAGCAAGUUGUUUCUCGAGACACGAUGCCAACGGCUAUGCUCGAAACUUAUCAACAAUGCGACACGCCUCCGCCUCUCGAUAAACUCAACGUUUACAGGGAGGAUGGAAAAGACGGUCUCAAAUUUUACACGGAUCCAAAUUACUUCUUCGACCUGUGGAGUCAAGAGAUGCUCAAGGAUACAGAGAAGAAGCUCCACGAUCGGGGGAAAAAGACCGAGUCUGAAUAUGCCGAACCGUUCAGAGAGCCUCACCGGCCUAGAAACGAGGGCGGCAGCGGAGGUGGAGGUAGACACAAGAGGCGUGUUAGGCAACCUCACAAUACGAGGGAAAGACAGAGGCAAUUGGCCGUUGGUCACGGGGAAUACAUCAUGCCGAGUCAAGGGGUUCAAUAUCGAACUCCGCACAAUAUUCCCGACGAAUCGCUCCUGGGGAUGGUAAUGACGGAACCGAGACCACCGAGACCGAACAGCAUCGAGCUCAGGCGAAGUUAUCCAUCCGAGGAACAACACCUCUACAGCCCACCAACUUCCGAUCACUACAGGGCGGAGAAUUACGCGUCGCAGGGUUACGACGACGGAAGCUUGUACAGCUCGCACUACGCACCGGGACAAGGACAACCCGGAAGCGAGACUUACCAGAGUCCCGGUGGCCAGAGCACUCCGAGUCGAGGCGGAAGAUCGAGACCCUCGCAGCCGCCACCGGCUCCGCCGAGUAAUGCCUCGAGCAAUUCGACACCGACAAUAGCUUCGGCUAAUAAUACGCCAACGAGAGGAAGAUCGAUGAGCACGGGACGGGACACGCUUCCGCCUCCUCCUCCGCCCCCUGGUGAAAUUAUGUCCCCACCUCCGAUAAAUGGUACAAUACCGUCUCAUCUGCUGAACAGAAAUGGGAGCCGUUCCAACAGUCCGUUACCGAGUCAUCAUUCGACACCGACGCCUCCCAAUCACACACUCCCCAUGGGAAUCGACGAGCCGGAUCCGGCGCCUCAGGAUCUUCCGCCACCUCCUCCGACACCCGAUCCCAUUAUUCAAAGGCCCAUUUCACCACCUUGCAACAUUCCACCUCCGCCACCGCCACCACCGCCUCCACCGAUCGCGAAUGGCCCGACGCCACCGAUGCCGUUGACCAACGGCGAUAUUGCCAAAAUGAUCGCCACCAAUCCACCCAAACUCAAACCUGUUAAAAAUAUCAUCGAUGGACAAUUGAGGAAAGGCCAGAAUCCCAAUAUACCGAUCGUCGAUCCACGGAAUGAUCUUCUCAAGGCUAUCAGAGACGGUAUAAAGCUGCGAAAAGUGGAAAAGAUUGAGCAAAAAGAGGGCGAACGGACAAACGCCUUGAACGACGUUGCAUCGAUAUUGGCACGGCGCGUUGCGGUUGAAUUCAGUGACAGCGACUCGGCAUCGGAGAGCGAAUGCGAUAGCGAAGGUUGGGGUGAACAAGAAUCGAGCCUCGCGUGACCCGGGCCAUUCAUGCCAACGGCCACUACUGCUUCCUAGGCAGCAGAAGCAGCAGCAGCAGCAGCAGCAGUAACAACGACAACAACAAUUAAACGACAACUGAAAAACAGAAGAAAGGAACAAAAAAUUUUAUUUCCCGUUUUCGGGAUUUCAAGGAUUUAUAGUCAGCCUUUGAAGAUUCGCGAACUUUCUAACCGAAUUCGUACACUUUUUCUCUGCAUCAAUAUUCGCAAAAAAGGGUACUAUAAUUCUAUACUUUACUUCAUUUGAACAAAAAAUGGAUGGUUGGAUUUUGCAGAUCGCUGUUCGUACAAAAUUAACAGAGGCCCUUUCAUUUUGGCACAUUCCGAAAGUACUCCCAUUCGCCAUCACACAAUAUAUACGUAGAUAAAUAUAUCCAGCAAACGCUUUCCCGGUCGAUUACAAUAAAACAUUUGUUUGUAUCGAGCGUAGAUGGAAUAAAAGAGCGAAGGGAAAAUGGCUUGAUAUAAAAAUAAAUUUGUACAAUCGGUUCGAGCGCCGUUCUCGAAAAUUGUUCUGUAUCUGGAUGAUUCUGUGAGGAGGGGGGGG